AUGGCGGCUUCCUCCUCUCCUCUCCUCCACUCCCCUCGGCCGCACACGCAGCCGCCUCCGCAUGUGGCUUCCUGGGCAGCGUGGGAAGAGCAAACCCGCUCCCGUCUGCGCACGUCUUUGGGCACGCCUUCCUCUUGCGAACCCACCAGACCAACCAUAUCAGGACUCGGGUGUCAGGGGCGUGCGGUGUCGGAGUUCGCCGGCGAUGGGGAGCUGAAGAGGAAGGGAACCGAAGAUGGGCUGCUCCAUCUCUGGGCUCAACGCGCUCUACGACGCAGCCACAGGCGGCGGCGACGUCUGAUCAACGAGCGCUGCUUCCACGUCCUCCAGCCAGAUCGGCGAGGGCGGCUUCGGCUUCGUCUACUCGUCAAGGAGUACCAACCUGCCUCAGAUGCCGUGCUCGCCAGAAGAUGGAACGUAGAAAAAAGUGCUGAUACACAGCAAGGAGCAGUUGGAUCUGGGACUUCUGUUUUUACGCAACGCUUGCGGGAUCCGGUACCUGAAGAAGAGACGGGAGGCGAUGUGCCUGGACUCCAGCAAGGCCGAUGGCAACGGGCAGUCAAGCACUACCACGACCAGGAGGAGCAUCGGAAGAAGGCCACGAGGCCUGGACUCCAGCAAGGUCGUGGCAUCGAGGCGGACGAGGUGACCGUGGGCCUCCGUGCGGUGGGGUUCAGCAAGGGGGUGGUGCUCAAGCAGCGUCAGCGGAUGCACCGGAAGCGGCGCCUCGGCGAGGAGGAGCGCGCGGCCAUCCUGCUCAUGGCGCUCUCCGGCGGAAGGAUUUUGGUAUCACCAAGCAGAGGAGUCGUGUAUGAUUUUAUUAUGCUCCUUCCAAGUUCUCACCUGGCUGGAGUUCGAGGCUUUGUGAUCAACGAUCAUAUGGAGUUUCCAAGAUACUUGAGCUUUGUGAAAGGUGUAGUUGACUCAAAUGGUCUUCCUCUCAAUGUUUCUCGUGAGAUCCUUCAAGAAAGUAGAAUUUGA